ACGUGAUGUCAAGCAAGCGUAGCUAUCGCAAAAAAAGCAAACCCGAAAACGGGCAAGAAAAUGAAAAUACAGAUACUUCCCAUAUAGUGGAAAACGACAAUGUCUCAGAUGAAGUGAGUGAAACAAUAGAAGAACUUAUCGAACUUCGCAAAUUUCGUCGAAGACAUCAGGGUAUAGAUGCAGAAAAGCUAUUAAAGGGUGAAGCCAGAUCUAAAAAGAAAAAGAAGGAUGAAGAUCCGUGGAAAUUGACUACUGGUGGAAUCGUUGACUUAGAAGCUGUAAGAGAGGCUGAGAAGUAA